CGUGUACAAGUGGAAGCCAAACAAAGCAAAGAAGCAUGUCGACUCGACCAGCGGCCGCUGCAUCGGCGGAGCUUCCUGUCAUGGCAUCCAACCCAGGACAAUGGGAAAUGGGGGAAUGCACGGAGCUCCAGAAGGCAUCGCUCAAGUGCAUUGAAGAGAACUACACCCAGCGAAGCAAUUGCAACGAGUACUUUGAGCGCUACCGCGAAUGCAAGAAGAAACGACAUGCAGCAAUCCUCGCGGCGCGUCGUGCGGGCACCUUGAGUUAAUCAGCAUCUAGUCCUUCGCUUUCGAUUUCA